AUGAUCCCCUCACACCUCCCUUCAACAUGUGAUGCGACUGAGAGAUCACUGGCUCCCAUGUUGGUCUACUUGGCCCUUUUUGCUAAACACUCAAAGUAUCAUACAACAGACCUGCUACGCGCCCCUGAUAUUAUCGUUUUUAGACCUGAGAAUCUUCGCCGUGAUCCUCAUGGUGCUCGCGUUGCUCGUGCUGCUCGUAACCCUGAAAACCGUCGUCUUCCUCUGACUAAAUUAGCCUGCGUUCUAUACAUCGUUAUAAUUAAUGGCCUACUCUCUGAGGUUGCUACCGUUAGAGGGCGCAAUGGUAGUAAAAGCUUGCAUUUCUUGGCGAGGUUCUGGCAGAUCGACGUCCCGACCAUGUUAUUGUAUCCACAACUACAGUGA